GGUUUCAGUUCAGGCAGAGAUCGGGGGCAAACACACAACCCAAAUCAGGGUUUCUGUUCAAAGCCAGCUGGUCUGGCUUUAUUACAUGCAGGACAUUUAUUUUAAGCUAAUUUUAGUCUAAGUUUAUUUUUUAUUAUUAUUACUCUUUUUAUUUUUGGUUUGUUUUACACUUUUUUAUUUUAUUAUUUUUAAAUCAUUUAAUUGAGCUGGGCCUCAGCGGUGCAGCAAGGUGUAACUUCCUGGGGAAGCAGAAAUAAAGGCACUGGUGCCAAUGAAAGUCAACCUCAAGCAUUGUGAAGACUAAAAGAACCUCUCCAAUGAGCUGCUGGCAGACUGCAUAGAGAGCCAGGGCACGUAAGACAGAAGACGAAGGAACGCUGAAUGUGGUACAGAUGCUGGAAUCUUUGAGCUGACUGAAACAAAUAGAAAGCAGAGAAAAGAAAGAGAUAUAAAGGAAGAGAAGAAGAGAAAGAAGAGACAGAAGAGGAAAGAAGCAAGAGAAGAAAGGUUCGAGUUCUUUGAGAAAGAGGAGAGAAAGAAAGAGACGGGGACGAUGGGGAGGAAAAAGAUUCAGAUCACGCGGAUUAUGGAUGAACGCAACAGACAGGUGACAUUUACAAAGCGAAAGUUUGGCCUGAUGAAGAAGGCGUACGAGCUGAGCGUGCUGUGUGACUGUGAGAUCGCCCUGAUCAUCUUCAACAGCACUAACAAGCUGUUCCAGUAUGCCAGCACAGACAUGGACAAGGUCCUGCUUAAAUACACUGAGUACAACGAGCCCCACGAGAGCAGAACCAACUCUGAUAUUGUGGAGACGUUGAGAAAGAAGGGCCUAAAUGGCUGUGACAGCCCAGACCCAGACGCAGACGACUCGGUUGGCCACAGCCCCGAGUCUGAGGAGAAGUACAGGAAAAUAAACGAGGACAUUGAUCUGAUGAUCAGCAGACAGAGACUGUGUGCAUUGAACAAGAAGGAGAACAAGGGUGGAGAGAGUCCGGAACUUGAAUCUGCUCUCAUCCUCACCCCACGCACUGAGGAGAAAUACAAACAGAUUAAUGAGGAGUUUGAUCAGAUGAUAAAAACUCAUAAAAUACCUCAGGCUGUGCCCCCAUCAAACUAUGACAUGCCCGUGUCCAUUCCUGCUAGCAACCAGAAUAAUCUAAUCUACAGUCAUCCCGGCGGGUCCCUUGGCAACCACAAUCUGUUGCCGUUAGCGCACCAUGGUCUACAGAGGAAUAGCAUGUCUCCUGGAGUGACACACAGACCCCCCAGUGCAGGUAACACAGGUGGCCUCAUGGGUGCUGACCUCACCACUGGCGCAGGCACCAGUGCUGGUAAUGGCUAUGGAAAUCACCGUAACUCACCUGGACUGCUAGUCUCUACUGGUGGGAUGAACAAGAACAUGCAGGCAAAGUCUCCCCCACCUAUGAACUUGGGCAUGAACAACCGUAAACCUGACCUACGUGUGCUCAUCCCCCCUGGAGUGAAGAAUAACAUGCCCUCCAUUUCUGAGGAUGUUGAUCUGCUUUUGAACCAGAGAAUAAACAACUCUCAGUCUGCUCAGUCAUUGGCCACCCCUGUGGUAUCAGUAGCAACUCCCACUCUGCCAGGACAAGGCAUGGGUGGUUAUCCAUCUGCCAUCUCUACUUCUUAUGGUACCGAGUACUCCCUGAACAGUGCAGAUCUGUCCUCGUUGUCCGGCUUCAACAGCGGCAGCUCCCUGCACCUUGGCUCAAUGAGUGGGUGGCAGCAGCAACAUCUGCAGAACAUGCAGCAUUCAGCUCUCAGCCAGCUCGGAAAUUGCUCUAGCUCACACUUAUGUCAGGGUUCAAAUCUGUCCCUGCCCUCUGCUCAAAGCCUGCACAUCAAGUCCGAACCUGUUUCUCCUCCUAGAGAUCGUACCAGCAGCACACCGGGGGGCUACGGUGGGAUGCCACCUUCCCAGAAUCCCCCGUCCCGCCAGGACUCGGGACGCUCCCCCGUUGAUAGCCUGAGCAGUUGUAGCAGCUCCCACGAGGGCAGUGACCGAGACGAGCACCGGAACGAGUUCCACUCGCCUCUAGGACUGGCUCGGCCCACCCUGGACGAGCGCGAGAGUCCGUCCAUCAAGCGGGUGCGCCUUUCGGAAGGAUGGGCAACAUGAUAGUCCUGUCAGCGCCCUGGCAGUGCCCCCCCUCCCCCCGCCCCAAGUUGCCCGGAGCCUCUGACAGCGCAGCAUCAUGAGGCCCCCUCAAGUCCGCUCCCUUUUCCUCUUCCUCGACAUGAGUCACGCACCGUCCAACCACGGCUUCUCUCCUUUUAUCUCUUUAACACUGAAGGAAAGGAAAGGGGGCAACACUUUUCAAAAACAUGUUUGUAAUUUUAUUUUUACUUUUCUUCGUUUUGCUGAGUGUGUGUGUUUGCUUUACAUAUUGACAUUAUA